AUGUUUGAAAAUCCAGCAACAAUCUCCUCUUCCAAUAGUCCUCAUCUUCGUAAAUCCGGUAGCAAAUCUGUUUUCGUUGAUCCUGGUGUAAACGGACUUCUAGGUAGUGUAUCAGAAAUGGGUGACCUUAAAGGUUCAAGCUCACCACUUCAUAUUACAACAAUGGUUCCUUCUCCAAUUUUCCUCUGGAGAUUUAAGGUUGUUUUGUUUCUUUUUUGGGCUUUAUGUUGCUGCAAGAUUGGAUGGGAUUCAGUCAUGAGAAUGAGCAUAGACUUGCGAGAUUUAUUUUUGUACGAAGCAUUUCUUUAUUACAAUCCUCUUCUUCUUGUGACUAUGAUGGUUUGGCUGUGGGGAGUGAACUUGUGGGUGUUCUCUCAAGGAAGUGUCAAUUAUGCCAAAGUAUUUGAUCUCGACCAUAACCACCUUACUCAUAGAGAGAUGUGGAAGUGUAGUAUGUGGUUGACAAUCAUUGUCCCAACUAGCAUGACCGCAUAUCUAUAUCUGUAUUCUCAUGGGGAAGUAUCUUUGGCUGCUUCACAACCGGUGCUCCUGUACAUUGCUUUUGCUUUGGUUCUGAUAUUUCCCUUCGAUAUUUUCUAUUUGUCAACUCGAUAUUUUCUGCUGAGAACGUUAUGGAGGAUUGCUUUUCCACUGCAGCCAAUUACAUUUCCAGACUUCUUUUUGGCAGAUAUUCUGACCUCGAUGGUAAAGGUGUUUUCCGACUUAGAGCGGUCUGUUUGCCGGAUGGUGCACAAACAGGUCGCAACAAUUGCUUGGUUUGAAGCCGACGCUGUAUGUGGCAGUCAUCAAAUUGCAAUCCCUUUGGUUCUUGUUUUCCCCUACAUUUGUCGUCUUUUGCAAUGUCUUCGACAGUACAAGGAUACAAAGGAAAAAUCAUCUCUUUUAAAUGCUUUGAAGUACUCAACAGCAGUGCCUGUGAUCUUCCUCUCUGCGCUUAAAUACCAUGUGAUGCCCGAGAGCUGGACAUCAUUUUACCGACCUCUCUGGCUAUUCUCAAGCGUCAUCAACUCACUUUACUCAUUCUACUGGGAUGUAACCCGAGAUUGGGACUUGAGCGGUUUCACUAAAAUAUUCAAGUUUAGCCGACCAAGUUACAUAUCAACUCUGUUAUAUGGCCGGCAAUGGGUGUAUUUCUGGGUGAUAGGGAGCAAUCUGGUGCUGAGGUGCGCAUGGACAUACAAAUUAUCGGCACAUUUGAGGCAUAACUACAUAACGGUGUUCACAAUAACAGCCUUGGAGAUGUUGAGACGGUUUCAAUGGAUAUUUUUCAGAGUAGAAAACGAAUGGAACAAGAUCACAAAAUCACAUCCAAUGGGUGAGAUUUCACUUGAAGAAGAGAAACUACUUGGUUCUACUACAACCCAUGAUGUUUAG